GGUGACAUUAAACAGUGGGUAUAGCUUUGAACAUUCUCUCCCGGUGUUUUAACUGUACACGAGCAGCUUCCUCCUCUGGAUGUUGCUAGUAACUGUUGCAGCUAAUUAUUGUUUUGUGGGUGGGUUCUGAGUGUUUGUCAGAUGGGUUUAUUUUGCUUUGAGAAAUGGUAAUGUCAGUCCUUGAUAAUCUCUGUCCAGACUCAAGGGAGACCUGCGACCUCCGUGGCUUCUCUCUGAUCCCCAGUUCAUGCGACACCUCGAAGCUUCCUUCCUCACCAGGAGUAUGCGCUGCAUUUCACCAGGAAACGUGUAGCCAGCUGUGAGCUGCAGAAAUGGGGAAACCUUUCUGGAGACAGAGACUAACAUCUGCAGAAGGUGGUGGCGAGGAGGAGCGAGACGUUGAAAGGGAGAAGAAAUGGGCUGAGCUAUUUCAGCAAUUCGAUACUAAUAAGGAUGGGCAUGUGGACAUGGCUGAGCUGGGAGAAGGGCUGAGAUCAAUGGGCCUCCUAACAACAGCUGACUCUGAGAAGGAAAUCCUGCGAGCAGGCGAUACCAAUCAUGAUGGUCAGUUGGACCUGGCGGAGUUCAUUGAAUAUCUAAGGCAACAUGAGAGAAAACUCAAGCUGGUGUUCAAGAGGCUUGACGAGAACAAUGAUGGUGAGAUUGAUGCCUGCGAGAUUCAGCACACUCUCUCGACCCUCGGGAUCACUAUCACACUGCAACAAGCAGGGAGGAUCUUGCACAGUAUGGACACAGAGGGGAGGAUCACUGUGGACUGGAAUGAAUUUCGAGACCAUUUCAUUUUUAAUCCAUUAACCAACAUGGAGGAGAUUGUUGAAUACUGGAAACAUUCAACGUUCAUGGACAUCGGCGAGUCACUGACCAUCGUGGAUGAGUUCUCAGAGACGGAGAGGAGGAGUGGAUCAUGGUGGAGGCAGCUUCUUGCUGGAGCUAUGGCGGGUGCAGUGUCACGCACAUGUACUGCCCCCCUGGACAGGCUCAAAAUCUACAUGCAGGUCUUUGCUGCCAAGCAGAAGUUAAACCUGGUUGGCGUGUGGAUGAUGAUGGUGAGAGAAGGAGGCUACAUGUCACUGUGGCGGGGUAACGGAGUCAAUGUCCUGAAAAUCACUCCUGAAACAGGCAUCAAAUUUAUGGCUUACGAGCAGUACAAAAGGUUCCUUCCAAGUUCACACGCCACACUUGAGGUACACGAACGAUUUGUGGCAGGUUCACUCGCUGGUGUCACUAGCCAGACGCUGAUCUACCCAAUGGAGAUACUAAAGACCAGGAUGGGCCUAGGAAAGAGUGGCCAGUACAGUGGAAUCUUUGAUUGCGCUCAGAAAAUGUUCAGGACAGAAGGCCCACGGUCAUUUUUCAAAGGAUAUGUCCCGAAUGUAAUUGGUAUCAUUCCUUAUGCUGGGAUCGACCUUGCUGUCUAUGAGACAGUGAAGAACCGCUAUUUACAAAGAUACGGCCGUGACAGCACUGACCCCGGAGUCCUCGUGCUUCUUGGCUGUGGCACCUUCUCCAGUACCUGUGGUCAACUGGCAAGUUACCCACUGGCACUCGUUCGGACCAGAAUGCAAGCACAAGCUGUCAUCAAAGAUGAACCACAGUUGAACAUGAUUCAGCAGUUUUCCAGGAUAGUGCAAGGAGAAGGUUGGUCUGGCCUGUACCGAGGAAUCACCCCAAACUUCAUGAAGGUGGUACCUGCUGUGAGCAUCAGCUAUGUAGUAUAUGAGUAUAUGAAAUUCUUCCUGGGUGUCACCUCAAAGUAACUGGAUGCCAAGACAUUCGUGCUGCGAAUGAUUCUCAUCUUCGCCCUGUUCUUUCUUCUGUGCUCUUCGCAAGCGAGAAAACUCCAGAAAAAUAUAGCAUGUCAGCAAAGUUGAAGAAGAAUGUCCUCCCUGAUCCUCAAUGGUCUCCUCCAGUCUUAAAUUUGUUUCCUUAUCAUUUGACCAUACAAUUCUCCAGUCACCAGCACCGCUGUCUCUCCCUGUCUCCCUCCCUUCCGGGGAGCAGCCUCCCUGUGCAGUACUUCCUCCGAUCAGGUCAGGGAGAUGGUCUUCAACCUGCUUGAGGUUUCCAUUUUAGGGUCUCACACAAGAUUCCCAAUUUCGUCCUCACUUGAAGGGCACUUUGCACAGGAAGCACUGGGUCACUGGAGAUCCAGCCUGGCUGGGAUUGAUGGUAACUUGGUGCUGCUUCAGGAAUUCUUUAAAAUAAAAAUGGUUUCUCACGCUACGUGUUGCCAAUAUGGCUGGGUAACUUGGUAAUGCAUGAGAUGUUUCCUGCUGAAUGUGAUGUUGGAACACUGUUUGUAUAUAGUCAUAGUUUUAAUAAUUUAAUAAACUCACUUGCUCUUAA